UCGUGGUCAGCGUCGUCGUCUUCAGGGUCGGCGGCACCGGCCGCAAGGCCUUCGCAAUCUCCGUUGAGGAAUCCAGGCACCUUCUGGCAUCAUUGAUCACCUGGCUAUCACUGUGGAGGAGCAGCAGAAGAAGAUGUUUCCACCCGGUCAAAUUCCACAUCUGGUGAACGAUCAAACAUGGAUCGGGGAGAAGUGGGACUCGGGUUCGGGGGACUCGGUCUCACGUCUCCCCGGGUGGAGCACCUCGAGCCCUGCCUCUGAACGGCUUGAGCCGUGCGAUCAGCAGUGGCGUCAAGGAGGGGUGCGCGCAAACAGCCCCCAUUCGGGACGGCUGCAGCCAAACGCGCGAGGGAGCGACGGAAGAAUAAUGGAUGGAGGACGGGGGGAGGAGGAGGAGGAGGAGGAGGAGGAGGGUACACUGGCUCGCUGGCAGAUUCUCGACUGCCCUGACGGCGCCGGCGGGGGCUGCCACUGCCGCGCCGGCCUCCCCGCGAGAGCGCCUUCCUUUGGGAGGCCGCGUCGGGCAGGCACCGGGCGGUCGAAGCCGCGGCAGCGGUCGUCGCAAGAGGCGACUCUGAGGCCCCAGGCCCCAGGCAUCAAGAGUCUUGAGAAAGUGUAGCAGAGAAGGGGGGCGAAGAGCUGCGGGGGACCCAGGGCCUCAGGGCCAGGGGCACCCCUGGCAGCAUCCGACCAGCAGGCCGGGGCUGGGCAGCUCAGCCAGCGUACUUCAGGAAGCC